AUGCCUUCUGGGAGGAGCAGCAAGGUGAGGCCCUCGGAAGUGGCCGCAGACACCAAGAAGAACUUCAUCCCCAUGGUCAGCGCCCACUACGCCAAGCAGUUCCCUCCCUACUCGAUACUCUACGCCCACCCGACGCGAGACCUAGAGAUCCCCCGUCUUACGUUAAGCACGAAGCCACCCGUCUUCUCCAUCGUCGCGGGCGAUCCUGUCACACAAGCGCUGAACUGCGGCGCCCUCGACUCGCAAGAGAGCCAGGGGCAAGGUGGCCCACGAGUCCGAGUCCCCUUUAUUUGCGCGGCCAAUGAUCGCAGACCCGGCGGCGAUUGGGAGACGGGCUGCUCAGGGUACGAGGAGAAGCUAUGUCGACGCAGCAACCUCUCAGCAACCCUCAGCUCACCGUUACCUGACACGGGCGUGGUUACCAAUUACCCAAUACCGUCCAUGGGGGGCAUCCUCUCCGACUCGGUGGUCGUCUGUCGAGGACCCCAUGAGCGGUACGAGCGGCUCGACACAUGGUACGACCUGCCCGUCGUCUCGGUUCCCCCGACCCGCUGGCCCAAGCUCAAGGAUAAUGGCACAAAGUACUCCUUUGCGCAGGAACGGGACAUGGCGCGCGAAAAGAUCCGCGGCGCGCUACGAAUCUGCCUAUACAACGGCUACAACCGCGUGGUCGUCGGUGACUUUGGCCUAGGCAACGGUCACCGCAACCCUCCCCAGGAACUGGCCGAGAUGUGGCGCGAUGUCCUCCUGUUUGACCCGGAUCUGCGUGGGCAAUUCCGCUACGUUGUCUUUGUCUUUGACGAUCCCCACCAAAGCACAUCGGGUCUCAUCCUACACGAGCUCGCGCGCCAAGACGAGCUUGCGCGCAAGAAGAGCAGCAGCGGCAGCGGCAGCAAAAGACGCCGCCACCGCGGGGAGUCGUCAAGCUCCUCGGGAUCGGCCGGCACGCCAACCGACCUAGCCAUUUUCGAGCACGUCUUUCAGGAAGGCGAGAUUGCCCGUGUGCUCAGCGAGCGGGAUCCUCGCUAUGGCCUGGACAUGAUCACCACCUAA